AUGAAGUCUGGUUACCAGUUUCCUAAUGAGAUUCAUCUGUUGGGAAAAAAUUUUAUUCGUCUGUAUUUCAAACCGACUCCAGAAUCGAUUGUAGACAACCAAAUAAUAGUCAUUCCCAAAUUCUUUUCCGAGGAUUUCUGCAAUUCCUUGAUCAAAUCGUUCGCCAAAUUGAACCUCGAAACCACUCCACUUAUCAAGAGCAAGGACUAUGCUGCUAGGUUCAAUGAUCGCAUUUCCAUGAACGACUUUGAAACUGCUGAAAGCCUUUGGAACUACAUGCUGCAAGUACUUCAACAGGAGGAUUACGGAGACGAAGAACUAAAAGGUAUCAAGUCCACCUUCAAAAGUGCUAAGGGUCUCAAUCUGCAAUUGAGGAUAUAUAGGUACCGUAAGGGCCAUCAUUUCGGAAAGCAUUAUGACGAAUCUGUGGUUUGUAAAUUAGAAGACAAGCCCAGAGGACGCCAGGGAUCUACAAGAUGGACCCUACUUAUAUACUUAACAGGCGGUGAAGAGUUUUCUGGUGGAGGAACCAUAUUUUACCCAGAAAUUAGAGGUGCGAAGCCCUUGAACAUACACCCCAGUAAAGGUAUGGCUCUAUUGCACAAACACGGAGACGACUGCUUGAUGCACGAAGCAGAGAUAGUAAAGCUGGGGGAGAAAUGGGUUCUCAGAAGUGAUGUUGUGUUUUAG